GUGAAGGCAACAGAAUACUACCGAAACAAAACAUAAAUAUGCGUACCGAGUAAGCCGCAAGACACGACGUCUUCUCCCUCUCCGUCUGGCUUCAAAAUGAGCAAGACUGAGCAAACAAAAGUGAGCGUUUUGGUGAGUCUCUUCAACUGGAUACAGAAAACUAAACCUCCGCUCAAGAAACGCUCUAAGUUUCGCAAGUUCCUCGUCACCUACUGCGACUCCUCCAAUUACUUCAGCUCUUUGCGCCUCAUCCUCCCCUCUUUAGACCGAGAGCGAGGCAGUUAUGGCCUCAAAGAGUCCGUGCUUGCCACGUGUCUCAUCGACGCCCUCGGCAUGUCCAGAGACUCUCCAGAUGCUAUUCGCCUUAUCAAUUGGCGUAAGGGAGCCGGAGCCGCCAAUGCCGGCAAUUUCCCCUUGGUUGCCGCCGAGGUUCUCCAGCGUAGGCAAGGAAUGAUUUCUGGUGGACUUACAAUUAAGGAAUUAAAUGAUCUGCUUGAUUGCUUGGCUUCAAGUGAAAAUAGGGCAGAGAAGAUUUCAGUUCUAUCUACUCUGAUUAAGAAGACAAAUGCAAUGGAAAUGAAGUGGAUUAUCAUGAUAAUUCUUAAAGAUCUGAAGUUGGGAAUUAGUGAAAAGAGCAUUUUUCAUGAAUUUCAUCCAGAUGCCGAAGACUUGUUCAAUGUCACAUGUGACUUAAAGUUGGUUUGUGAAAAGUUAAAGGAUCGAAGUCAACGACAUAAAAGGCAGGACAUUGAAGUUGGGAAAGCUGUACGCCCUCAGCUAGCUAUGAGAGUUAGUGAUGCACAUGCUGCAUGGAAAAAGCUUCAUGGGAAGGAAGUGAUUGUUGAGUGUAAAUUUGAUGGUGAUCGCAUUCAAAUUCAUAAAAAUGGAUCAGAGAUACACUACUUCUCGAGGAACUUUCUUGAUCACUCUGAAUAUGGACAUGCAAUGUCUAACAUUAUUGUGCAAAAUAUUUUGGUUGACAGGUGUAUACUUGAUGGUGAAAUGUUGGUGUGGGACACUUCUUUGAAUCGGUUUGCUGAGUUUGGUUCAAAUCAGGAAAUAGCCAAGGCAGCAAGGGAUGGACUUGACAGUGAUCGACAGUUGUGCUAUGUUGCAUUUGAUAUUCUUUAUGUUGGAGAUACUAGCGUCAUUCACCAAAGCUUGAAGGAACGACAUGAGCUUCUUAAAAAGGUAGUGAAGCCUUUGAAGGGUCGUUUAGAGAUUUUAGUACCUAAUGGUGGUCUUAAUACUCACCGCCCUCCAGGGGAGCCUUGUUGGUCACUCAUGGCUUCUAAUGUGGAGGGUGUUGAGAAAUUUUUCAAAGAAACCAUUGAAAAUAGAGAUGAAGGAAUUGUAUUAAAAGACCUUGGUUCAAAAUGGGAACCAAGUGAUCGAAGUGGAAAGUGGCUAAAGUUGAAGCCUGAGUACAUCAGAAGUGGCUCUGACUUAGAUGUUUUAAUCAUAGGAGGAUACUAUGGCUCUGGACGUCGUGGAGGAGAGGUAGCUCAAUUUUUGGUGGCCCUGGCUGAACGUCCAGCUCCAAAUACAUAUCCUAGGCGAUUUAUCUCAUUUUGCAGAGUGGGUACUGGUCUUUCAGAUGACGAGCUAGAUACAGUUGUAACCAAAUUGAAGCCUUAUUUUAGGAAGUAUGAAUAUCCAAAGAGGGCACCGCCCGGUUUCUAUGAAGUUACGAAUAACUCAAAAGAGAGACCAGAUGUUUGGAUUGAGAGCCCUGAGAAAUCAAUAAUACUUUCUAUAACCAGUGAUAUCCGUACUAUAAGGUCUGAGGUGUUUGCUGCACCCUACAGCUUGAGAUUUCCACGUAUUGACAGAGUGAGAUAUGACAAGCCUUGGCACGAAUGUCUUGAUGUGCAGUCAUUUGUAGAACUUGUACAUUCAAGUAACGGUACCACAAAGAAGGAGAAAGAUUAUGGAGCCCCACUAGAUUAUAAACCAAAACGUGCCAAGUCAUCUAGAUUGGGAGACAGAAAGAAUGUAUCUGUUGUUCCUUCACAUUUCAUUCAGACUGAUGUUUCCAAUAUUAAGGGUGAAACCUUGAUAUUCUCAAAUAUGGUGUUUUACUUUGUUAAUGUUCCUCCAACCCUCUCUCUUGACUCCUUGCACAAAAUGGUUGUGGAGAAUGGUGGCACAUUUUCAAUGAAUCUGAAUAAGUCUGUUACCCACUGUGUUGCAGCUGAGAACAGAGGGAUAAAAUACCAGGCAGCAAAGCUUCGUGGAGAUGUUAUUCAUUACUCUUGGGUCUUGGAUUGUUGUUCACAAAAGAAGCUCCUCCAUUUACAGCCAAGGUACUUCCUCAACCUCUCUGAUUCUUCAAAGACAAAGCUACAAGAAGAAGUUGAUGAAUUUUCUGACUCUUUCUACUGGGACCUUGACCUUGCAGACCUCAAACAGCUCUUAAGCAACAUUCAUCGUUCGGAAGAUCCCACAACUGUUGAUUAUUACAGGAAAAAGUACUGUCCUGAAGACAAAUGGUCUUGCUUUCACGGCUGCUGCAUUUACUUCUAUCCUUUAACAGAGUCUUUAAAAUCUGAUGGGGAAGUCUUGUUGGAACUUGCCUUGAGGAGAAUGAAGCUCGAAGUUUCCUUUGGUGGUGGCAAAGUUUGCAACAAUCUUGUGAAUGCUACCCAUUUGGUGAUCUUGUCAGUACCUGGAACUGAUAUGAACUUUGAUUCUCUUAUAAAAGGCUUUACCACCACAGAAAAAUAUCUUUUCGGGAACAAGAAGUUGCAUGUUGUUGGAUCCCAGUGGUUGGAAGACUGCUUAAAAAGGGAGCAAAAGUUGGAAGAAGACACGUACAGCUUGAAGCCCAGUGGAAUAGAACAGUCAUACUCUGAAUUGUGCAAACGAGACCUAGAUAUGAAAGAAGUCUCUUCUGAAUUGGAAAUUUUGGAAAGCCAGAAUAUACCAUCGUCGCUUGGCCGAGAAGGAAAACAGAGAGGAAGCAAAGUUGCUUCGGAAAGUUCUAGAUUACUGUCCUUGCCAAAGAGGGAAGGCAUAAGGAAAAGAGGAAGACCUGCUGGUGGGAGCACAAAGAAAGGGAAAAUGAUUGUCAACCCAGCUCGAAGAACAAGGGCACGUGUCGGAAAGAUGCCUUCUAAAAUAUAUGAAAAUGAAUCAGACAGAAUUGACACAUCUUCUGAAAAAGAAAUUGAGGAAGAUACUGAAAUGAAUGAAGAGAAUCAUGAAAAUCAUGGAAUGGUUGGUACAGAGAAAUUGCAAACACUGAAGACUGAAGUUUUAGAAGAAUCGGAACCAUCUCACAAAGGAAAGGCAACUGAGCAACAGGUUGUGGAAGAUGUUAGAAAAGUAGAUGAGUCUGUUCAAGCUCCCGAUAUUGAAAUGGUUGAAACGAAUUAUAGCCAAGACAGUGAGAAGCCUGAAACACUGGAAGUUAUGGUUGAUCCGGUUCAAGCCAUGUUACUGGACAUGAUUCCAAGCCUUGGAGCAAAGAAGGUUGAAACUACAUCAGAUCCAAUUCGUGAAGAUGAGAAACCAUCUGCAGGUGCCCGUGCAGGGCCUACUAAGAAAAAGAAAGUUAGCUACAAGGAUGUCGCAAGUGAAUUGCUCAAGGAUUGGUAGACAUGUUGUAAGCAGUAUGCUGCUUGGGUUGUUUCUGUUGGAUUGGUAGACAAGUUUUGUGUAUAUUGUUUAGUUACUGUUAUGAUGGUUUAGACUUAACUUUAUUGUUUAUCAUAUUGAAUGGAAAAGGGGCUCCUUCCAGAACGAUUUGCAUAAUAAAUGCUG